AUGGUUAGAGAUGCCAACACACCAGAUAUCCUUGUCUGCACAAGCCCUAGGGAGCACAGUGCCGAAGCUGAGAUAUUACUCAACGUCGACCAGAUGAUGCAAAGCCAACAGAAUGGAAUACUCGUUCCCGGAAACUUAUUUUCUCAUGCUGCUGACAGGGAACACGAAAUGGUAGCGGAGUUCCGAAAUGUCUAG